AUGAGCGACUCAGACGAGCUCCCUUACUGCAUCUGGUACCCAUCCUUUCCUCGUCUCGCGACUUGCAAAGAGCUACUUCGGCGCGUGCCAUCCAUGAGACCGGCUGUGGCGAGGGCCUGUAUCCUGCGCGAUUACAGCGACUACUGGGACGAGCUUGAUGCCGACCCGGAUGUUAAUCUGACGGAAGACGCUCGCGAGAGCCCAACCCAAAGUAUCUCUUGUAUGUUCGAGCAUACCUCCACGCUUGUUCUUGACAAUGUGCCCGACAAACCGUAUGCGGAGAUUGAGAUGGGGGUGCUCUACAACGGGAGAGGUGCCAACAUGGCUUACAUCGAGCUAUGUGUCUCUGUGCCGGACGAAGUAAAGCAGAUUUCUCUUGAAGAGCUCGAGGAGACUGGUGGAUUCGACAUUACCGAGUAUUAUAAGUCUUUUGGGGAGAAUAGACAUUGA